AUGUGCGAGACACUGAUCGCCGUGUUACUGGUCACUUCGUCAGCGAAAGGCUCGAGCCUAGUCUACCGCUGGCCUCCUUCGCCCGAGUCCUCUGUCAGGCUUGCGCGUCCCAGGCUGAACCACGACGUCACAUGUAUCUACGGAGAUAAUCCUUGGCGGGCCGCCAAUGGCUCCGAAAAUCCCUCGGAGAAUAGGGUAUGCCCCGAAAUCCUCGGAUACGAUGAGGAUGCGUACAUAUGGCAAAGACCCGGAGCGUCUCGCCAUAGAUCGUCGUCAGUGUCGCAUUCGCGCUCACAUCCUGCUUCGAGAAGAGCAUCACCUGCACCGGACAUGUCGGCGUCAUUCUCCAGUGGGAACCCAGGGCUGCCUCGUGAUGACGAGUACGACACUGUACUCGGAUACUCUGCGGAGUUCCUCGCCGGAUUACUAUGCCCUCAAGUAUCCAUGUGCCACCAGAAGUUCGAAUUCAUCGUCGACGACCUUGCAUUCAUAGGGCAUCCUGUUUGCGCGGAACCCGACGGAUUGUGGAGGUUCAAACCUGACAAGGCAAAAUCAAUUCCUCGCGGGCGAGUGUCGAAGAAGGGAGAGGCCCCUCAGCCCAAGGGAAAUUCUCUCACACCCGAUAGCACGGAACAGAACAAACAACCCCUGCCGGAUUCAUCCUGGCUACAGACUUUCCAUCUCGUUCUGGUACUUGAUCGUCCCGACCCGUCAUCCUCCACCUCUGGAACGGUGUGGAAGUAUUUCGACACCAUCUACGAACAUAUCGCGUUCACCGUGACCGCCGUCCUGUACCAAGAACAGGUUUUGCACAACUUCGUGGAGGGCGAGUGUGACACUCUUGGAUCUCUUAGAGAUGAAUACUCAAAGAAAGGCGAACCAUUUGCCGAGUACCUUCGCGAAGCACUCAACGUGUCGUCAAUAGCGGUGUCCAUGAAGACACUCUACGAGGCCAUGAAGGAGAGGUCCAUAGCGCGAAUUGUCAUCCACGACUUGCCUCUUGAGCUGCAGCUGCCUCCAUAUCUUGACUCCCUGCUACAUGCUCAUGAAGAAUGUGACUUCGAUACGAUGGAAUCACGUAGUGAAGACGAUUUGCCAAAUUCUUGGGGCAGCAUGAGCGUCGGCUGGCGGCUCCCCGCUUUGAAGCCCUGGAAGAGUCUCCUCCGCCUGUACGAUGAAGACGAGCGAGGAAACGAUGAACUCUACAGGAGGCUUAGGGCGCCCCAACCGACAGCUGAAGACAACGAGCUUGCGGAGCAGCUUGCCAGGUUUCUGGAGAUAGCGAACGUCACUCUAUCGCUCGCGGACAUGGCUAGUUUGCUGGACUGGGACCUUGAGUCACAAGUAUACCCAACCGUGCGCUGGUUGGUCCAUCACCGACGAGCCAAAGUGGUCGAUAUCGUUCAUCCUGGUUUAAGGACCGUCUUCACUGUUCCGCCCAAGUUCAACACUCCGAUGUCCGAACUGACUGCUGACUUCGACCGGAGGUUUGCGGAGCACGAUGUGAGCCCUCUUCCGAAGAUUCUCGCCAUGGUCUCGAUGUCGACACAUCAACAAAGCGCAAACCACUUCUACGGGACCGUAGUCGGAUCGAAGGAGCGUAUUCAGCUGUACCACAACGUCGUCGUGUGGAUGCUCAAGCGUGACCUGCUCAUCACUCUCCACCUGCGUAUCCGGAUCGUCGCCACAGAGGAACUCAAGCAUCGCGUAAGAAUGAAAUACGAGAUGGCGCGCGCGAAACGGGAGCGCAUCCAGGCUAGGUCGGCACAGGCAGAAAAGGAGUCAAACUCGCACGACUCACAGAAGACCGUCGCGUCGAAAGAAGCACCCAGUAUCGAGACGUCCUCCGAGUCAAGUCCUGGCACGAACUGGCUGUCGUUCUCACCAAAGACGGCUAGGGCGCUCGCAAGGCGACAGUCUGUUAGUGCGCAAAAUCAGGGAAGCGUGCAGACACAUCCUGAUGUGGCGGAGAAGCGCGGAAUCGAUGAUUUGGAUGAAGAGGUGGGCUCGUCAGGAGCGGAGGAUGUGGAAGAUUGGUACCGUGGCAAUGGAGACGAUAACAACCCGUACUCGUCUAUGAUCACUGACCCUGCGCGUGCCUCGCGGUUGGAAAGGCGCUGGCUUGCCGCCAUGUCGGAAGGAAAGGAUCCUUACAUAGCCACACGAUUUGAAAAGAUCAAUCAAUAUUUCGAUGGCAAGUGUACGGAUGAUGAGAUUCUAUUCCGAGCAGAGAUUUCUAGGAAACAACUCCGAGAGGUACUGCACCAUUACGAUGAAUACCUGCAAACAUUCCUUCACCCAUCGUAA